ACAUUACCAGUCAUUCGAGGCGGUACACGUGCCAAUGAAAUUGAUGCCUGCAUCAAGUCAUCACAUUUAUGGCAACACGUAGAAACACAUUCUUUGACAACUAACAUGAGAGCUUAUCUCUACGGUGACGCCAACGCUGCUGAGUUUGCAAGUCUCUUGCUGCGAGUUGGGAAUGGUCAUAUACCGGUAGUUGAAGGACGUGAUACCAUCUUCAUUCCAGAACAUCUUGGCACAGUUACCGACUCUCCUCAGACCUUGAUAGAGCAAGUGUACCCAAACUUGCAACAUCACUACCAAGACUUCGAAUGGCUAAUGCAACGAGCUAUUCUCGCACCACACAAUUUGUCCAUUCGUGAUAUUAACUGGGAGAUGCUUCACCAGUUUCCUGGAGAGAUAAAGAUCUAUAAAUCAAUUGAUACGGUCAGAGAUGAUGAUGCAGUACACUAUCCCUCGGGGUUUCUUGACUCCCUGGAACCUGCUGGUAUGCCUCCUCAUAGACUGGCUCUAAAGGUGGGAAUUCCUCUAAUGGUUCUCCGAAAUCUGGCUCUUGGGAUUGGAAACGGCACACGUCUUAUACUAAAGAGAAUGAUGAACAACUGUCUGGAAGCAACUAUUGCUACUGGACCACAUAAAGGCCAAGACGUGUAUCAGCCAAAGAUACCACUAAUUCCCAGUGAUACUGGACUGCCAUUUGAAUUCAAACGACUUCAGUUUCCAGUUAAGGUCUGCUUUGCUAUGACCAUUAACAAGGCACAAGGGCAGACCUUAGCUGUGGCAGGGCUAGAUCUACACUAGCCACCCUUUAGCCAUGGACAGCUUUAUUUAUGUUGGCAUUUCUAGAGUUGCCUCCAAACACGGACUAACUUUCUUGGCAAAAGAAGGAAAAACGAAAAACAUAGUGUACCAGGAAGUGCUGUCGACAAGAUGAUCAUCUUUAUAUUCACUGCAGGCAUUCAUGGCCAACAUCACCUAUGAUGCUGGCCAACAGCGACUCAACCAGGGUUAGCUUAGUAUAGGUUGACUGUUAAGAGGAGUGUGAAAGCACUCCAUGGUAUCUCAGACGGUGGCUUUGCAUGACUAAUUCUGCCUAGCUGAAGAUAACUGCAAAAGCACUGCAUGGCAUCUCAGACUGUGGCUUUGCAUGGCUGUAAUAUCUGCUCAACUGAAUAUAAAAUGUGAAAUCAGUGCGUGCCAUACCCAGCUGAACAUCAGUAUGAAACAGUGCAGGGCAUGCCCAGCUGAAUAUGAAUGUGAAAGCGCUACAACAUAUUGAGUUGAAUUAGUUCAGAUGCAGCAAUGUGAAGGCUAACAGUGGCAGAGGGUUCGGCUGGAGCUUCGGAAGUUCUAUUGUCCUCCACUAUCUCGGACGGCUCGACGGAUAGCGAUGCGCUACAUGCCGGCUGUAUCUCACUCGGAAGAGCCUUCCCGACCAUCCCGGACAAACUCGUCGGUGCAUUCACUCGUUAGACUACGUCGACCUGGCGGAGCUGUUACCAAGACAAUCUGGAGGUGCAGCGACGAGCAGAUACGGUCUAGACACGGCAGCGGGCAACGGCACCGCGGCGAAUGAACAUGUUUUCUCCAUUGUUGGGACCGUGCAACUUGACGAUGAAUUUAAUGUUAAGUUCUCUCAGAAGUAGAAAGCGUAUCAAGGAAACUGUUUAGAUUGGACAUUUGUGUUUACUGCCGGACAAACGCACUUUAAUUUCUUUAGUGAAAGACGAACAAAAUUGUUUAGCGGUAGCUCUACCUCUAAGAAUACAAGUAUUGCUAUAUGUUGGUAGUUCAAAGUAAUCAUGGAAGGAACUCCUGGUAUCAUUUUACACCAUUCACACAUUUUGUCCGUCACGUGAGUAGGGUAGAUUUAUAAUUUUGCAAGAGUCUGUAUGUAUGUAUCUAUGUUAUAUGUAGGCCUAAAAGUAUAUUGUACAUUCAAUUAUUCGUAAGUUAGCUACAAUUACAGAUAAAUACA